GUCUACAGGCCGAUAAUGAUAAUUAUUUCUUGGGUCGACUGCAAAAGAAGCUUUUAUUUAUACAAAUUUUCCCCCCUAUCAUCUUUAUUUAUUGUCCAGGAUUACCAACGGGAACGGGAGAAGGAGAGACAGGAACAGGAACGGAGAAUAAGAGAGGAGGAGAGAAGGGAACAGGAUAGAAUACGUAGAGAGCAGGAACGAUUAAGACAGGAGCAGGAGCACAAGCGCCGUGAACAGGAACGAAUACGAGCGGAGCAGGAGAGGAUGCGUAAGGAACAGGAGGAUAAACGGCGGAGAGAUGAGUACGAGCGGCGGAAACGGGAAGAUCACGAACGGCGGAGGAGGGAAGAACAGGAAAGGCAAAGAAAAGAGCAGGAAAGAAUAAGACAUGAACAGGAACGAAUACGAGAACAGGAGCGGAUACGGCAGGAACAGGAGAGAAUGCGAAAGGAGCAGGAGAGAAUGAAACAGGAGCAGAUGGAACAGCAGACGCUUGAAGAGCAGCAGCGUGAUCUUGGUCUUGCUCGACUAGGAGCUCUUGGUGCGCUCAACGAUCUCGGGGAUCAGCACGAGAUAAUGUAUCAGGAUGGAGGAAUGCAAGAUCAAUUCAAUAACUCAACUAUCAACUUUCAUGAACUAAACAUGCUAAACCAGAGUCGGAACAAUAUCCUGAUAAAAGAGGAGCAAAAACCCUUGAAUAAUUACAAUCCAUGGAUAAACCGAGCCAAUGAACUCCUGGACCUUAGCUCAGGUGACUCCAGGGAUACCCAGGGUCAAGAGGAGGGGGGGUUCAUACCCCAGAUCCUCAUGAACCCCUGGGACCCCCAGCAGCCCCCUAUGAUGACCCUGGCUCCUAUAGCAAAUGCUAUGCAGCAGUAUCAGCAGCAGUGGUUAACACAGUAUCAACAGGCUGCAAUGACGAUGAGUGAUGAAACCUCAAGCGGUGGAAAAUGUCGAGUUGUGUGUAUUCCUCCAGAAGAGGAGUUAGGCUUUCUAAUAAAUCUCCCGGCACCCUGUAAUCUACUCUUUCAACCACCGCCAGAAGUCGAGAGUUUAAAGAACGUAGAUUCUCCAUUUCUCGUGACCUACCAGAAGUUUAUUAAGGAUCCUGAGGCUGUGAAACUAACCGAGCUUUCUGAAGCACCUGACGAGCCCCCAACACCCUACCCUGGUCAAUACUCAUCUACCCCAACUACAGAAUAUGGACCUACUCCAGCUAAGAAAAUGUACAUCCCACCCUAUACACCUAAAGCUACAAUAAAAAAAGAAGAAUCGGAAUUCAAACUCUCAGUUUCCGGAUUCUCAAGGUCUUCAGAACAGCCCGUCAAACCUUCAAGACAAAAUAAUAGGGUGUCUGGUAGCCAGAGAGGAAGCCAGAGUAAGGAGAAUGGGGCUAUGAAGCAUCAGUCCCCCGGGUUGAAGAAGAAGUCGAGGAAGGAGGAGGAGGAAGAGGAGGAGCCCAUCCUUCGCAGAGAAUCGUCCAGAAGAAAGGCAAAAGAGCAGAGUAAGGUAUGAAUAUGUAGCGUCUCAGAUC